UUUGAAUUUUCGUUGAUAGUAAAUCGUUGUGAUUAGCCCAAUGUCUUUCAAAUGAUUAGUUAAUUUAAUUGUUUCAUUUAGAAUAUAAAAUUUAUUUAAUAAAUUCCACUCAAAAUGAUUCAAUUCGCUACUAGAAGUAAAUUGAUUCUGUCUAAUUUAACCUCUUUUGAUUGCAUUCCAUUUCUAUCAAUUGUAUCAUCAUCAUUACGAUAUCAAAGGACAUCUUUAUUAUCAUCAAAUAUGUCUGAUUGUUGCCAUUAUUCAAGUAAAUCAUGUUUGUCAUCAGAUUAUUUUUUAGACAAGGUAUUUAUCAAUGGCAAAUGGGUUGACUCUUCAAGUGGAAAGAAAUUUAAAGUAACCAAUCCAGCAACCGAGGAGAUAAUUGGAUACGCACCAGAAUGUUCAGAGAAAGACACAAUUUCGGCCAUAGAUGCUGCUUCUAGUGCUUUCCAUGAAUGGAAAAACACCUCGGCCAAGGUGCGAUCAACCCUGUUGAGAAAAUUGUUUGAGCUUCAAAUGAAGAACGGUAACCAGUUAGCAGAAUUGAUUAGUCUGGAGAUGGGUAAACCUUUACGCGAAUCUAAAGGUGAAAUAAAUUAUGGAGCUUCGUUUUUCGAGUGGUUCGCCGAAGAGGCGAAAAGAAUUUCCGGUGAAAUGUUUCAAAGUCCAUUCCCAAAUUCGUUGACACUUUUUAUUCGAGAACCAAUUGGACCAGUUGGUAUAAUAACACCAUGGAAUUUUCCAAAUGCAAUGAUAACCCGAAAAUUGGCCGCCGUUCUUGCCUGUGGGUGUACAGCGGUCAUUCGUCCAGCGGAAGAUUCGCCUUUCUCUGGUUUAGCAUUGGGUAAACUUGUAGAAGAGGCCGGAUUCCCGCCUGGAGUGGUAAACAUUAUCACCUCUUCUCGAGAUGAGGCCUCGACCAUUGGUUCCGUUUUAACUCAAUCGCCUAAAAUUGCUGCAAUAUCGUUCACCGGAUCAACUAAUGUGGGUAAACAUUUAUUGGCCUCUUCAGCGUCGACGGUCAAACGGGUUUGUCUUGAGCUUGGUGGAAAUGCUCCUUUCAUUGUUUUCGAUUCAGCCGAUAUACCAGCCGCGGUUCAAGGCUGUAUCGCGUCAAAAUUUCGUAAUACUGGACAAACUUGUGUCUCCGCUAAUCGUAUUUAUGUUCAAUCGAAAGUCUAUCAGCCAUUUAUCGAUGCUCUUUCCAAGGAAAUGUCAAAAUCCCUUGUGGUUGGUGAUCCACUUGACAUGGCCACAACCGUUGGACCUUUAGUAAACUCGAAGGGCUUAGAUAAGGUUAAAGCUCAUGUUGACGAUGCACUGGCCAAAGGGGGUAAACUGAUUGUCGGCGGUAAACACAUUAAAGGAAACUUUUUCGAACCAACAUUGAUUGCCGAUAUUUCAGAGAGUAUGAAAAUUUGUUCAGAGGAAACAUUUGGACCAUUGGCUGCUAUCGUUCCCUUUGAAACAGAGCAAGAAGUCAUCAGCAAGGCCAAUUCAUGCCGUGUCGGUUUAGCGGGUUACUUUUAUUCCUCUUCUCUAGAUCAAAUUGUCAGAGUUUCCAGAGCCCUUCAAGUUGGAAUGGUUGGUGUUAACGCUGGAAUCAUUUCGUGUGCCGAAGCUCCGUUCGGUGGAGUAAAAGAAAGUGGCCUUGGUCGGGAAGGAUCUCACCUUGGUAUCGAAGAGUUCACCAAUGUUAAAUACAUCUGCAUGGGGUCACUUAACUUGACCAAUUGAAAACUAAACUUGGACUAAACUGUAAAGCAAAAAAAAAGAAUCAAUUCUCCAAGAAAAAAUUGAAAUUUCUGUAAAAAAAAAUUCUGUUGUUUUCCAAAUAAUCAAAGUCAAGAUUAUCAUCACUUUCUAGUGAUAUAAAUCAUUAACCUUGUUGCUUUUCACAUUCAGUGAAAGUGAUACAUGGUAAACAGGAAAACAAAAAAUGACCACCGGUCAAGUGCUUACCUUUCCAACGUUGACAAAAAAAAUCAAAGGUCAUAAAGAUACAAUUAUCAUUAUUUUAUCGAUGAAAAGGUAAACCGCUGAAUUAAGGAUGAUAAUGAUGAUCAAGGUAAAGAUGAUAACUGGAUGGAUGAUAAUGACUGUUGUGGUUCCACCGGUGCCAAUAAAAGUGUCACCAAAAGUAAAAAAA